AUGUGUGCGCGGAGAGAGGAGGACACCUGCUGCCGACCCGCUCCCUCGUCGGGGCGCUCCCUGGGGCGGCUCUGUGGGGUUUGGCGCUGCCGGAGGAGGGCGAGCGGCCGCCUCGCACUGCCUCCCUCCCUCCGGUGCGCGGGGAGCCGUUUCCAGCGCCUCGUCCGCCCUGUCGGGGGCUCCGCCGCCGCUACCUCUCCCUCAGCGCCGACCCCCAUCCACCCGGCCUUCUCCCACCACCUCGCCGCCACCUACGGCACCGGCGCUUACGCCGGGCCCCUCUACUCCUUUCCCCGCGCCGUCGGCGACUACACGCACGCACUGAUCCGCCAGGACCCCCUGGGAAAGCCGCUGCUGUGGAGCCCCUUCAUCCAGCGGCCGCUGCAUAAGAGGAAGGGUGGGCAGGUGCGCUUCUCCAACGAGCAGACCAUCGAGCUGGAGAAGAAGUUUGAGACGCAGAAAUAUCUCUCCCCACCCGAGAGGAAGCGCUUGGCCAAGCUGCUGCAGCUCAGCGAGCGCCAGGUCAAAACGUGGUUCCAGAACCGCAGAGCCAAAUGGAGGCGCCUGAAGCAGGAGAACCCCCAGGCCACCAAAAAAGAGGAGGCGGAAGGCACCGGCGAUCACGGUGACCCGCGAACGGAGGGCAGCCCCAGCCCCGCUGGAGGGGGCGAGGCCGAGCCGCAGGACAGCCCCUCGGCCGCCUCGCAGGAAGACCCCGAGUCCGACGUCUCUGACGACUCCGACCAGGAGGUGGAUAUCGAGGGCGACAAAGGCUUCUACAGUGCCACAUGCUGACGGCCCGCGGGCACGGAGCCGAGCUCGGCUUGCACUGUCCCGGGACUGCAGGAAGGAGGAUUUUAUGAUGGGAAAGGACUUUCACCAUUCCGCUGAAAGACAAAGAAGCACAAACGGACUUGUUCUAUAAUAAUCUGAGAAAGAAAAGAUGUAUGUUCUGCAAAAGAUCCGGUUUUUGGCAGAUCUCUGAUUUGAUUAUAGGGACUAAUCGGUGGUUUGUAUUUACUGUAUAAGAUCUAUGUGUACAUUGAUUGGUGCUCUGACUGGGACACAGCGCUGUGCCCAUCUCUGGCUGCUGGAAACCACCUCCUCCCCCCCAGCUCAUGUGGUGGGGGAGCGCAGAGGGCAGGACCCAGGACCGUGCCUUUGUGUGUGCAAACGAAUGUGCUUUAAAUGGAUUAACUUAAGUGACCUUUGCAGGCAGAGAAAUGUAUUCUAUGCCAUAUAGAGGGAUUGGAGCAUCCCGACAGUGCCUUACCCCACACAGGACCUGCUGCUGCUCUCCCCCCCCCCUCCCAGCGGGAUCUCCCCCAGACUGGGCAGAGGCUGUGGCCACGUUCAGUUUUGCUCUUGAUGGAAUGAAAUGUCCCUCAUCGCAUUUUGGAGGACUUUCCCCAACAGUCUGUGUGGUUCCAUUUGCAGGGA